GUCGUGGCGAAUGUAAUCAAACACUGCAGUUUCUCUCUCUCUGUGCGCGUUACCCCCCAAGUAGACGACGACGUGCGUAUUGUACACAUCACGCACACACUUUCAUCCGCUGCUAGAUUGAUAGAGCGGUGGACCAGACGACGACUGCUACAUUACAUUUAAAUUUACAUUUAUUUUGUAUCACGUGCUGCUGCUGUCUUUCCGUGCGACGCCCCAAGGUCGGCACAACAGCUCGUUGAAAUAAUUGGCAUUGUGCACCGUGCGUCAAACGAAAUUCACAACAAUGGGCGAGAAGACGGUACCGAACGGCAUCAAAUUUCUCAUUGGAGGCACCUCCGGCAUGGCUGCCACAUGCUUUGUGCAGCCACUUGACCUCAUAAAGAAUCGCAUGCAGUUAAGUAAAACCAAAACAUCGACAAUGUCAGUCAUUGGGUCAAUUGUGAAAAAUGAAGGCUUUUUUGCAAUGUAUUCUGGAUUAUCUGCUGGUUUAAUGCGACAAGCCACUUACACAACAACUAGACUUGGAAUAUAUACAUGGCUAUUUGAACUGGCCUCGAAAGACGGUCAGCCUAAUUUUAUAACUAAAGCUGGUCUGGGUAUGGCUGCUGGGUGCGUUGGAGCAUUUGUUGGAACUCCAGCUGAAGUUGCUCUUAUAAGAAUGACUGCUGAUGGCAGAUUACCUCUUGCUGAGAGAAGAAAUUACAAGAAUGUUUUUCAUGCUCUGAUACGUAUUACAAGAGAAGAAGGUGUUUUUGCUCUGUGGCGAGGAGCUAUUCCAACAAUGGGAAGAGCAAUGGUUGUCAACGCAGCUCAACUAGCAUCGUAUUCACAAGCCAAACAAGCCCUCUUAGAUACAGGAUACUUUGAAGAAAACAUAACUUUACAUUUCGUCAGUUCAAUGAUUUCUGGUUUGGUAACUACAGCAGCUUCUAUGCCAGUUGAUAUUGCUAAAACAAGAAUCCAAAAUAUGAAAACUAUUGAUGGAAAGCCUGAAUUCAAGGGUGCAAUAGAUGUUUUGGGCAAGGUAGUACGCAAUGAGGGAGUAUUUGCUCUGUGGAAAGGAUUCUUUCCUUACUACGCUCGUCUUGGGCCCCAUACAGUGUUAACAUUCAUCUUUUUGGAGCAAAUGACCUCAGCAUACAAGAGUCGUUACGCAUGAUUUUCUUAAACGGUGCAAUUGAUGUUUAAUUAUUUUUUAAAUAUUUAUAAAAUUGUGACGAGAACAAAUCAAGGAUAGUUGAUUAUUUUUUUGACUUUCUUUUAUACGCUUUCAAGAAACAAAACAUUCUACAUGCAUUCUCAUUUCAUUAUUUUGAAGUUGUCAUCGUCUGGUACGAUGAUCAAAAUUAUUGCUUAUGUUUUUACAGCAGCUCGCUUAGUGACGUAAUGUAUAUUAUUCGUUAUAAUUGACCUUAUAUUCGAAGCUUUAUUGAGGCACUAAAACUAGUGUUGUGAAUUCUGAAAUGUUUAUACAUUAAGUUAUAAUCCCUUUGAAGCAUAAAACUGUUCUUAUAAUAAAGAUGGCUUAUUUCGAUUUGAUACAACAGUUUUUAGAUUUUAAGUAUUAAAAGUCAUGUACAUAUUUGUAAUAAAAAAAAAUUUAUGUUAUCGAA